AUGUGGAAACGACGAUCUGGUAUAAAAGUUGCACUCAAGUCUCUACGUGACUCACAAACUAUUCAAGCUGAAUUUUUCAACGAGUUUAAGGUUUUAUGUCGAACGGCACCGGAUGGAGAAGAUUUUGAAAACUUUUCACUUCGUCAUAUUCUCCGCUGUUAUGGAAUAGCGCAGAAUCCAGCUACCAAGGAAUACGUAAUGGUUAUGCAAUACGCAGACCAGGGUGACUUGCAUAAAUGUCUCGUAAAAACAGCAUCCAAUGAAAAAGUUUUUCCAGGAGGCAUUAAACCGCUUAAACAAAUAGCUGUUGGAUUAUCGGUAAUUCACUCAACAGGCUUAGCUCAUCGUGACCUACAUGCUGGAAACGUGCUACAAGAUGGGAAGAACUUGUACAUUUGCGAUAUAGGAAUAAAGGGUUUACUGAGUGCACGUUCAAAAAUGGGUUCCGAGGAUAAUAUCCUGGUACCAAGAAAUUUACUUGCUGAACCCGAUCUACCAGAACCAAAAAUUGUCCCUGUUCGAUAUUCUAAAGUUCAUCCGGAGUCAGUAUAUGCAUCUCGGUUUUUACGAUUCAUUGAUCCAAUCAAUUCAACAAGUUUUGGAACAGACUCACGAGUUGGGUUUGAAGGAAAUAAAUCAUUCAUUGCACAUAAAAUAAAAGAAAUAAAAAAAUAUCAAAGGGAAAAGGCAAUAGAAUCACGUGAAUGGAAAGACCAAGACUUUAGAAU